CCCAGGCAUUCCGUGACCCGCUCUCUCAAAGGCAAGCCAGAUCUUCCUCACCUCCGUCGUCCGUUCAGCCUCUAUCGAUCGUCAGCCUCCAUCGCCUUGACCAAGCUCCACCACGAGGUCUACAACCACGUGAAGAUGGUCCUCAGAGUCUCUGAAGCCUUGACGGUCUUCCCCGACGACAGAACAGAAUCAUUCAAGGAUUCUAGGGCGACCUUCUACAGGGCGGAAGACAGAGAGGUGAAUAUCCCGAACGAUGGCGAGAAGCAACUCCCAAAGGCCCCGGAGGGCGACAACAACAGCCACGUACUUUCCAAAGAUGUCGCAGGCCAUCUCCUGACCGUCCUCGGCUACACCGACAAGAAGGACGCGGCGCUCAUCAAGGAACUUGCCAAAAAAGUCAUCAACUCAAAGGAGAACAUCGUGCAGAAGCCCAGAAGUGAGAACCAUCCAGGAGACACCAACAAAGACAACGCAAUCAUCGACGCAAUCCAUGGCGACGGCGUCAUGUACAUCAAGGAUGGCGUGAGAGCUCGAGGGCAGGAGGUGCUGAACAUGUUGAAUCAGCACGUUGAAGAAAAGGCGCCACUGCUAACAGAAAAGGCGGCACAGGCACUCAGAGACGUGCGCGACGUAUACGAGGUAUUAGCGGACAAUGUGAGAAUACAGAUGUGCCAUUGCAAGUACAAGUAUCCUCCCUGACUUCUUUGCAGGAGAAGUUUAAACAGAGAGGUCACUAUGACAAGGAGACCGGCACUGUGGAAACCAUUGCUAGUGAGACAUAUCACGCGUCUCCGUCUACCGAGAUGAGCAAAAAUGGGCAGCCCGUCUUCAUCGGCGACAAAGGGGGGGUAAGCAUAUGUUUGACCUACUCAUUCUGUCUCUCACCAUCGUCUAUUCGUGCAGCGUUUCUACAUCAAUGGCAAGGGACAUCGUCAGUACGUCAACAAGGAGGACACCGUCCCUCGGACAUUUUCAAAUGAACCUCCGAAAAAUACCCCUGCUGCAGAAAAAGCUGACACGACGGCGUUCGACAAGAAACCCGCUCCACCCCAGGUGAACAAAAAUACGCAGUCAGCCAGAGGAAAAGCGAUGUCCUCUGCGCUUUCUGAAUGACAGGAGACAUUGGAAGAAAGAGGGCACUACGAUGGUAAGACCGGCAGUGUAAAGACGAUCGCCGGUGCGACGUAUUCGGCAUCUCCAUCGACCCUCAAGGCUAAGAACGGGCAGCCGAUCUUCGUUGGCCCCAGAGGCGGGGUAAGUCUUCAAUCGGCCUUAAUGACCACACUUUAGUGACCACACUCUACUGAAUGCCUGUCUUCACUGUCUAUGCAGCUCUUUUACAUUGAUGGAAAGGGGCGUCGUCAGUACGUGGACGAAAAAGACGCCAUUCCUGAGACACAGACCAGGCCUUUGAGAAUGGCAGACGAUGCGAAAUCCGUUCCCACUGCCGAUACGGUCUCCGGCAAGGGCAUCGGUGAGGGCAAGCCAAUCGGCGUGAAUGCGAAGGGCGAGACGGUGUUCGAAGGACCGAAGGGCGGUCGCUACAUAGUGGACGCCAGCAACAAUCGCCACUAUCGUGCCGAGGUGCAGUCCAAUCAGGUGCCUUCCACCGGCAGCACCACUGGAACAGGCUCUUACACCAACACGGGCACUGUCAAGGAGGUUGGCACCAACAAAAAGGGCGAGCCUGUGUAUGAGGGCCCACUCGGAGGUAUAUUUACAAUAAGCCAGAGCAACACCCGACGCUAUGGAGCCCACGUGGAGAGAUAUCAUCCUCAGCCCAUCACAAGCACAGCCAGCAGCAUCCCCGCGGCCAGUGCAAGCAGCGGCUCGACGGGAGUUGGGAGCGGAACUCUGAUCGGGCACACAACCCGCGGCAAUCCAGUGUAUAUGGGGCCGCAAGGAGGCCAAUACACCGUCAGCGCUGAGGGCAAUCGCGGCUACAGCGCCAAUGCUGCGUACACCUUGAGCAGCGAAGGAACCGGCGGAAACUCGAGUGGCGGAGGGGGAGGCUAUACGAGUGGGCAGGGAGUGGGGAGCGGAACUCUGAGCGGAUACACAUCUGGCGGCAAUGCCGUCUUCACGGGACCUCGCGGUGGCACCUAUACCGUCAGUGCCUCGGGCAAUCGCAGGUACGGAGCCAAGGCGGUGUGAAGGCCCGAGGGGAGGGAUGCGUACCCACCAAAUGUGACACGAGGGCAAGAUGGGCUAUAGGGCGAUGGGUGUUCCUUCAUGUCUCGGUGUCACCUGUGUCUCCUUAUCUGUUCUGCUUGUUGGGAGAGAGGGCGUGAUUGUCGGUUCGUGUGGCCCUGUUUCAUCUCUUUGCCUGGUCGGGCUGUGGUAGGGAAGGAUGCAUGUGUCUUUGCCUAUUGCGUUUGCGGGCCCGUCUGAAUAACUGUUCAAUGCAGCUGCGAGAGAUUGAUGGUGACAAUGCAGAGAGGGCACAGGGCGCGAUGAGAUGAAAGAAGAAGGAAUCAGCUGAGGGCAAGAAAGGCUGCAUGUAUGGCGAGGGAUGUGGUGUUCAUUCAUGUCUUUUGUCGCUUGUGUCUCCUUAGCCGUUCUGUCUGACUGUCGGUCUUGUCACGCAGCAGUGGGUGCGAGGGAUGAGAGAAGGGGAAGAAUGGUGACGUGCAGGGGCUUUGAUGUCUGGUCUGGUCUGGUCUGGUUGGCUGUCUGUAUGAGGGAGGGAAGGACGGGUGGCUGUGCUUGUCGAGCGUGCGGCGAUGUGUCUGAUCAAUGCAGUUUCUUGAAGGGGUGGACUGAUGAGACAGACUACCAUGUGUAAGCGUGCACACGCCCUUUCGCGCACUGCGUAAUGGUACACAGGCACGUGCAAAGACAAAAUACGUACCGAAUGGCUCUUGCACCCAUCAUUAGCAGCACGGGAAAAAUGAGUACUGUUAAAUAUUUAUACUGGUGGUGGUUCUUGAGUCACGUACGGUGCGAACUGCAUUCACUCAUUCAUUGAAUGUCUCGCUCGCGUUACAUAGUACAUAACACAGACAGAUCGAUCCGGGUGGACAAGCUGGAUGGAUGGAUGGAUGGAUAAGCUGACGGACGGUGCGUGGCCUGACUUCGCUCUUAAGAACAUGUGUGUACACAUGGGUGGGCGGUUGAUUAAGCCAUCGUCUUCCCUCCCGUAGGUCACUCCCACGCUGCGAAUUCAUCAGCCGACACAACCACGCGAGACAUCAAUCUAAAGGACUACGGAAUAUAAAACGUAGGCAGCGAUGACCGGUGAGGCCACACUUGUCGUAGUCAGCGUCGUCCAUGGUGCUGCCACGUGGGGGCCGGGCGUGCCGUCCUCUCUGCAGGGGGCUGUCGGGCGUCGGGCCCGCAGGAUCUUGCGCAGGCUCUCCAGGUCGAUGACCUUGAGCUCGCCAGUGGCCUCGUCCGCCACCAGCAGGUUGCCGUAGUGGUAGUCGUUGUGCGUCACGCCCAGGGCGUGCAGCCCAAGCAUGCACAGCAGCACAUUGACCCCCACCA